AUGACAAAUUCCAAGGCUCUCCUUCGUUUCAAAGCUGCCCUCAAUAUUUCCUACAGCCUCAAUCUGAUUUCGUGGGUGAAUGGAACAGACUGUUGCACCAACUGGACAGGCAUCUCCUGCGACAAUCACACCAAUCACGUUGUCUCUCUUAACAUACGCUCUCUCGGUGCUGAAGGCAUGAUAUCUGAGAGCCUGUGCCAACUUCGUUUUCUCACAUCACUCACUAUAUCCGGAGUAUUCUCUCUUACAUCAGGUACUGUCAUUCCUCCCUGUUUGAGAAAUCUCUCUUAUAUUCGCUAUUUAGAUUUAUCUGGAAAUAGCUUUAGGGGGAUGAUUCCCCCUUUCGUUUGUUCUCUCACCCGUCUUACAUAUCUUGAUCUCUCAUUUAAUAACUUCAAUGGAAGCAUGCCCUCCUGCUUUGGCAAUCUUUCUUCUUUAACUGAACUUGACCUUUCUGACAACCAACUUAGUGGAAAACUGUCAAUAAAGUUCCAGUUGGAGUUUACAUUAAUUUACAAUUUUUGUAGGGUCAAGUUAAGUCUCACACAUUUAUUUUUGUCCUGGUGGUUUUAUUAUACUCAUUGUGAAAAAUAUUUUCUACAUAUUAUUUUAAAACGAAAGAAUGAAAUCAAAUAUUUUUUAACAAUGUUUAAAUUUUUUAUUAGAGAUAUGUGUAUUAAAAUUUUUAUUUUUAAAAUUAAUUUUAUUUUAUUUUACAAAUAUUUAUAUAUACACAUCUGUCUGUAUUUAUCUGAUUGUGUGCUAAAUAUUAGCACAAUCUGGAUUCCAUCCUUUCAAUUAUAUGAGUUGUCUUUAAUGUCAUGUACAAUUGAUGGUGAAUUUCCACCUUGGAUCUCAACACAAUUCUCACUUGAAAGGUUGGAAUUAACAAAUGCUAGUCUUGUGGGUGCAAUUCCCUCUUGGCUAUGGGAAACCAGUCCUCAGUUGCAAUAUUUAAAUCUCUCAGGAAAUCAUCUAGAAGGAAGCCUAACGUCAAAUCUUUCAAUAUGUACACAACUUUCAGAGUUGGAUGUGUCAAGAAAUGGACUGAGUGGAUGCAUCCCAUCAAUAUGGCCUUCCAGUAUUUCAAUAUUGUUGCUUAAUGACAAUUUAUUUAGUGGCAAGAUUCCUUCAAGCCUGGGCAAAUUAUCUCAACUCCAAAUGUUAAAUCUUGCAUACAAUUUAUUUAGUGGCAAUAUUCCUUAUAGCCUGGGAAAAUUAUUUCAACUCCAAUUUUUAAAUCUUGCAAACAACAAAAUAAGUGGAAUGAUCCCUGCAAGCUUGUCCAAUUGCUCUUCUCUCAUUGUCUUAAAUUUGGGAAACAACAGUUUGAAGGGAAGCUUACCAUAUGAAUUUAGUAGACUAAGGCAAUUAAAGUCAUUAGUUGUUCAUGGUAAUAUCCUGAACAGAUCUUUUCCACCUUCAAUAUCAAAUUGUUCAUUUUUACAAGUUCUUGAUAUCGGGAACAACUUUUUUGGAGGUGAAAUGCCACCAACAAUUGGAAAUUUUUCCGUUCUAAGAGUAUUGGUGAUGAAGAAAAAUAAUUUUACAGGGAAUAUUCCUUCAACCAUAGGCCAACUAAUAUACCUUCAGAUCUUGCUCCUCUCUUCCAAUCAUUUCUCAGGUUUAAUUCCACACACAAUUGUAUCAUUGCAAGCAAUGACAAUAGAAGACCAAAAUGGUAUUGUAUUGUCCAAUUUUUAUUAUGGGCAAAUAUAUCAGGAUGGAUUGGAUAUGACUUCAAAGGCUAGAGAUGAGCACUACCCAUAUAUUCUUUCCACUCUCACAACCAUAGAUCUAUCAAACAAUGAAUUGGAUGGAGAAGUUGCUUCUGAUUUUGGAAAGUUGAAGAGGUUAAAGUUUUUGAACCUUUCAAUGAACAAUUUGAAUGGGACCAUUCCAAGUAGUUUGGGAGAAAUGGGUCAGCUAGCGUCAUUAGACCUUUCAAGAAAUAAAUUUUUAGGAAAAAUCCCUAUGGAGUUUACAUCUCUUAGCUUUUUAGGUUUCCUAAAUUUAUCAAACAACCACCUUUCAGGAAGUAUACCCCAAGGAACACAGAUGAUUACAUUUGGAGAAUCCUCUUAUUUAGAAAAUUCUAAUUUAUGGGGGUGUCCCCUACCCAAAAAUUGUUCUUGGCCACAAUAUAUUCCUCGUCCUCCUGAAGUUUCAAUUAACAAAGAAAAGAAAAACACUAAAUAUCCUUUGUAUGGAAUAGCAUUAGGAUUGUCAUAUGGAGUAGCAUUUGGAGGAAUAGUGUCAUUGAUCUUGAUAAAAAUGAGUUGGAGAAGGAAAUAUUUCAGUAAAGUUGAUGCAAUCCUAAAAAUUGUGUUUCCUUGGAUGAAGGACUUGACACUAUAAAAGGAUACAUCUAUAAAAGGUGAGUUAUUUGUUUUUCUUUGAAGUAAUUGUCCUUAUUUAAAAUAUUACAAAGUUUGAAUUUAAAUAGAAAUUAGUACUUAGCUUUUUAGACAAAUUCUCAUUGGUUAUUUUGUCUAUUACUUGUGGAUUAUUUGUACCGCUUUUAAAUUUAAUAAUGCAAUUUCCUUUUAUUGUUAUAAAUAUGUGUACAAGAAUUUACUUUUGCUAAGGCAGGCUUUUUGGUGUAUUCUCCUUAUUGAAGGCAAAAACACAUUAUUGGUGGCUUCACCCAACAUAUUAUUGUAUAUAGUUUGAUUGUUACGCUAAAUCAAGAUUAAAAUUGUUCUUUCAUAGACGGAGGA